UUGAAAAAGGAAGUUGACGAAUUGUUUGACGAGGUUAUAUCUCCGCUUGAAGCUUUCGAUGUUCCUAAGGGAAGUUGGGGCAAGAAUAAGAUGAUUAAUAAUGGUGGUCAAUUUCAUGGAAUUUUCGAACAGCUACGUAAAUUUGCUAAGACAAUGCCAACUUAUGCUGCUGAGAUUAACGAUGAAUUUGAAAAAUUUACUUGGCCAGCAAUUGACAAUAUGAAGGCCAAAGCAGAAACUAUGGAGACAAAUUUGAUGGCUAAGAAGAAGUUGCUUCUUGAUAUGUUAGAGUUUUUGCAAAUAAAGGCUAGGGCUUUAAAGAAUGAGAAGGAACUUAGUGAUUUGAAGGCAGUCUUAAAUGUUCUCCCUGGUAUUGUUGACAACAGUACUAAAUAGUCUGGUGAUGAUGUUUUGGAGAAAAGAACUUUGUUUUUGUUGGCUAUCAAAGAUUCUUUUUUAUUUGGAAAUGUUUUUGUUGGAAAAUUAAAUGUUGUUUUGAUUGGGGUUGCUUGAAGUU